GAAUGAGCCCAAAUCCUAGGUAUGUGCCCUGACCAGGAAUUGAACCGUGACCUCUCGGGGCACCAAACGAUGCUCAACCAGCUAAGCCACACCGGCCACAAAUGUAUCCAGCAUUAUAGCAUCAUACAGAGUAUUUCAUGGCCCUGAACGCCCUCUGUGCUCUGCCUGUUCAUCCCUUUCCCCCUCAACCCCUGUGAACCGCUGAUGUUUUUACUGUCCCCAUAGUCUUGCCUUUUUCAGAAUGUGAUAGAGUUGAAAUCACACAUUAGGUAGCCUUUCAGGUGGGCUUCUUUCACUUAGCAAUGUGCAUUUAAGUUUCCUCCAUCUCUUUUCAUGGCUCGGUAGCUCAUUUCUUUUUAGUGAUGGAUAAUAUUCCAUUGUCUUAUGUUCCACAGUUUAUUCAUUUGUUUAAUACCAAAGGAAGUCGGUUGUUCCCUAGUUUUGGCAAAUGUGAAUAAAGCUGCUGUAAACAUCAGCGUGCAGGUUUUUUGCAGACAUGAGUUUUUAACUCAUUUGACUGAAUACCAAGGAGUAGGGUUGCCUCACCUAUGUUUAAUACGCUUUGAGGCACAGACUGACACUAAACAGCCCCCCAGGAAGAGCAUGCUCCAUGCUGGAUGUGCCAGGAGGCCCAGGCCACCUGACAUCACUCAAAGAUGACACAGUCAGCAACACAGAGCAGGGUCUCUCCCAUUCCUGCAGGCUGUGCCUUAUUUCUGAUUUCUCCAGCUUACAGUAUCUUACAGUUGAAAGUCUUAGCUUUAAGCCAAGAUGCGACCACCUGUCAAUCAGAACAGGGAUACAGGGACAAUUUAUGGUUCUGGGGAGCACCUGGCAGUGCUCUAGGAUCCCGACGCAGUUUCUGAGUCACUCGAGGAAGAUCAGAUGUGCUUCCUGGUUGGGAUUCUGACUUUCGGAAGCCCAGCGCUCCUGGUAGGAGGUGAGAUUUAGCAGACGGAGCAGCAUGUUCUGAGUCUAGCGGACAGGAGCGCUGACUGUUCACGGUGACAUACUUACUGAAGUUCAGCAGCCGUGUGAUUAGAAGUGUAGUUGUACUUUUUCUUUAAUCUUUGAAUGCCGGGAAGAAUAAAAGGAGCCUUUAGCCAUGGUUCUCAUUAUGCCAGAGCCUUGCCACGUGCUGGGAGACUGUUCAUGUGUGAUGGUUAUACUAAUGCGAACUGCCACAUGGCCCCGAUUUCCCCUGAUCCCAAGCAGAGUGUGAGAGCUGCCCAGAAAACAUGAGCCCCUCGUGAGAGCAGCCUGGCCCGGGGCUGGUUUAGGACAGGUCCCUAUUUGGGGAUGCUGAAGGCCACCUGGGAGGAUUGAUUGAGGGCAGGUCUGCAUGGGGCGUGUCCCUUGCGCCCUGGAGGUCAGCGAGCCUGCGUGGCCAAGUGGCCAGGUGUUCCCCGGGUGAAGAAGGGGUUGGUGUCUGUGAAGUCCUGACCUGGGUAAGCUGCCCAGGGGGGCGGCUGUGUGGGGAUUACCCAGGUGUUGGUUUUGUGAAACUAAGUCAGGUGCGACCCACAGCUUCUGCCUGUUGACGCAACACCCUCUGAUUCUAAUUGGCAGCUAGGUCUGGGAACUGCUAGGCAAGGGGACCCCUUCGGAGAGUCUUGAACCUGUGUCUGUGGAUAGUUCCUGUGUGAACCCAAGUCCAGUAAGGACCCAGCAGGGGGCCAUUCCACUGGAUACCUGUGACAGGUGUGCCCUGGAGAGGGCAUCUGCAGGAAGGCGCAGUUGUUGAGGCUGAGGUUACAGAAGGGCCCCCAGCCUGCCCUUCAGAGAGGCCCGGAGUGUAGACAAGACUUUUGUGGGGCCUGGGGCUGUAGAAGUAAUUCUUUAAAUGUUCCAGAAGAGGGGCCACUUCCUGUUUGCUGGCUGCUAGUGGCCUGGCCUGUGUAGUGGGAGCCAGAGGCGACCAGAAAGCCCAUGCCCCCCACUUCCUUCCUUGGACCCACCUGGAGGACCUGAGAGACACCCACUGCAGGCAGAGCCGUCCACGGUGCUAUCUCUGUUCCACACGCGGCAACGUAAUUCACUGGCCCCCAAACUGGAAAGUUGCAAAAGAAGAAAUGGGAGGGAAGGACAUAACUUGGCAAGAUGAGCACUCUGCCCCUUUCUCCUGGGAAACAAGGAGCCAGAUGGAGUUUAGCGUCUCCUCUUUAUGCAUCCAGGAGCCAAGCAGCGGCCCCGCCGGCGAGCCCAGGCUGCCGUCCAAAGCCGCUCCGGGCUCGCAGGCCCUUCGGCCCCCCCAGGGCAGCAAGCCCCCUGGCCUGGAUGCCCCGGGCCCCGCCCGGAGGGAAGAGGAAGCCACCUUCUGGAAGAUCAACGCCGAGCGGUCACGCGGGGAGGGCCCGGAGGCCGAGUUCCAGUCGCUGACCCCCAGCCAGAUCAAGUCCAUGGAGAAAGGUGAAAAGGUCCUGCCAGCCUGUCACAGGCCGGACCCUGCCCCGAAGGACAAGGAGCCCAAGGCCGAGAGGCCCGGCCCCCUCCGCCAGGAGCCG